CCAGUAAAGAAAAUCGUAAUGAAAACUUUAAACCAAUUCGUAAACCUUUUACAAAACUUGUUUCAAAACAAGAAUGUUAAAAGUGCAGUCACAUCGAAAUAUGCACAGAUAAGUCGUUUGUGAAAAUGUUUGCGGAUUUUGUGAAAGUUAUUCAAAAGUUUUUUAAGCCAUACGAAAGUUUGAUAUGUGAGGAGUCUAAUAUUAUCAAAGAGGUUAAAAGAAAGGAGCCAGCGAUGGCGCUGAUCACAGAAGAUGUAGACCUGGAGAAGGAGUACUCCCCCAGCCGCUGGUCGAAGCGGUUCCCCUCAGCACACGCGGUUCUGCAGCAUCACGUCAAUCUUGUCACUGCAGCGAGCGAGCAAGCGGUGAACCGUGUUCCUCACAAAUUGGAGAUCGAGUACGGGUCAACACCCGGACAGAAGCUGGACAUCUUGGGGACGGAUCUGCCCAACGACUCACCUAUCCUCGUGUUCGUCCACGGCGGCUACUGGCAGGAAUUGUCUAGGGAGGUGUCUAGAUACCCCGCCGAGCCUCUCCACAGAUUCAGGAUCAAGACGAUAGUGGUGGGCUACGACUUGUGUCCGUCGGCGACGCUGCCGGAGAUCGUCAACCAGAUUCAAAACGCUGCACACUUCAUAUUCGAGUACGCGGAGAAAAUGGGAUCGAGAGGCGUUUACUUCAUCGGUCACUCGGCGGGCGCGCACCUCGUCUCCAAGCUGCUGGCCAACGCCGACUUUCUCGAGAAUGCGCCCGGCUCCCAGCGGCUGCAGGGCGCCUUCCUCAUCUCAGGGAUCUACGACCUCCGGGAGAUCAUCCAUACCACCAACAACGACGCCAUCCAGCUGCCCGAGGAGUGGGCGGUACCCAUGUCCCCCCAGUUCGAUGAUUUCACCCACCUCCAAGCGCGGAAGAUCAGGGUCUUCAUCCUCGCUGGACAAAACGACAGUCCCACCUUCAAGAAGCAGAGCAGAGAGUUCUUUGAACUGCUACACAAUACGUGCUUAAUGCAGAACAUGUUUCUGGAAAUCAAAGACGACAUGGACCAUUUCGACAUCGUAGAAUGCUUUGCCAACGAUAAUAAUUAUUUGAAGAAUCUGUUAAUUCAUGAUAUAAGAAAGAAUUUAUAAAAUGUAUAUGAUUACGCGCGAAAUUAAUAAUGAACUGCGGGGCUAAAAUGGUAACAUUUAGCAAUUCCUUCCAAUCAA